AUGCGCAGGAACGACUUCCACCACUUCAACGACUUCCACCACUUCAACGACUUCAACGACGACUUCCACCACUUCGACGACUUCAACGACGACUUCAACGACGACUUCAACGACGACUUCAACCUCCCAGUCAGGAAACGAUCCAUCAUCAGGAACAACAACGACUUCAACGACGACUUCAACCUCCCAGUCAGUGGUGGUGCCAGUGGCGACCCGCAUAUCCAUUCUUUGUAUGGGGCUCACUACACUUUGUUGAGGGAAGGCGUGUUUGUGGCAUGGGAGUUCAAGAAAGACUUGGAAUCCAGUGGCAACCCUGAGAAUGCGGUGCAUUGGCAACUCUUGGCUCGCUAUGGAGGCAAGAAGUUCCGAACCCUUGGAAUUUUACUUUUGGACAACUCCGGUCACAAAUUGGAGUUCUCUGCCCACGACUGUGCCUUGCGAGCCAAGGAGGGUGACCAUCCGUGGUACAUUGCCAAACCGGGCUUGCUGUUGCCAGGCACCGCCAGCAGCAUUGGACUUCAGGACAGUAGGAAGAACACCACUUUGCACCGGACUUUGAUCGACGCACGAAUCAACUUCAACAUCACCGGCUCGCAUGGCUCAAGGAAGGUGGCAAGCCUUUACACCCACUGUAUACGUGGUGAUCAUUUGAAUUUCAAGAUCACCAUGUUGCAAAAGAAAGACCUUGUCUCGGUGGGUGGUGAAAUGGGAGUUCAUCCUCAGGCAUUGGAGGACACAACUCACGUGAGCUUGUUGUCGCACUCCGCCUCAUCAAAGCUGAGGGCCAUGCGCACCAGGACAGAUGAGGAGUUUAAGGCCAAGAAGCCUUGGGUCGAUUUGGGUGGCACCGCCGCUUCAGACAGAUUCUUUCGCACGUCCAAUCACAUUUCCUUCGUUGAAAGGCCGAACGAGUGCGGUGAUGAAGGCGAGCAAGAGGCCCGACAGAUUUGUGCCAAGCAUUUGCCAAAUGAAGCGAGCAAUCAAUCCGAGGUCUUUGGGGACUGCAUCUUCGACGUGUGCCAUGGCGGUGGAGAACUAGAUGCUGAACUGCGAGCAGAUCUGAUGGCAGCGUAG